UGCAGCUACUACAUGCAUACCGGAGCUCUCGAGGAAGGUUCCAGCAAUGAGGGCCUGUCCCGAACACAUGACCAAAAGUCCCGGCCUCUGAUUUGACGCCGUGCCUGAACCGAAAGACCAGGCAUUUUACUUAUCGGCACAGCCUCACUAUGGCGUUCAGAUUUCCUACCUCGGUCUAGGCUACUACUGGACGGACGCGUUGUGCAUUGAUCAGGCAAACGUCCAUGAAAGAAACCAUCAAGUUGGCUACAUGGGAGAGAUUUACUACCUCGCAGAAGAAGUCAUCAUCUGGCUUGGACGUGAGGAGCAGAUGCAGGCUGCCAUGUGGCUGAUAGCAGGAUUUUACUGGUAUGAGUACGAGACCGAAUGCUUGACACGGGUCGACAGGCACGAGGCAUUCCUUGAGGUCCUUCAGAGAGAUGACAUGUUCGAGCACAUGGUGCACCACUCUCGAAUGUCCAUUUACGAAUAUGACAGCACCAACCUCCCCGAGGCACUUCAUUGGAAAAUCGCGGCUGUCAAGGAUAGGCUACCACAGGCCAUGAUGGAUCUAUUGAGCUUGCCAUAUUGGGGCAGGCUAUGGAUAGUCCAGGAGGUCGCAAUGGCUAAAGUUGCCACUGUAAGUUGUGGUGCGUUCUCCAUCGCGCUAGGAAAACUCGAAACGCUUAUCAAGUACUGCGAAAUUGGCAACGUGGGCUCCGUUGGACUGACUGUCUCAGCGCAGCAAAGCGUUCGCGUCAAUUUCCAAUUCAAAGAGCCACCAAGUACAACCAGAAUACUUCGAUUCAUCAGUCUUCGGAGAUCUGGUGGCCGGGAACCACUUUGGGAGCUGUUGAAUGAGUUCUGUGAAGGCCAAUGUACAGAUCCACGGGACAAAGUCUACAGCCUUCUCGGGCUCGCACGACGCGGGAUCACAAAGAACCACAUUCGAGAUCGAAUCCAUAUUGAUUAUGAGAAGCCUGUGGAAGACAUAUUCUGGGAUGCAUUGUUUGAAUGCGAAGCCCCCUUCUAUUGGAUGGAGAGUAUCAUGUUUCAGCUUGCGACCAGCCUCGGAAUGGACUUGUCGACCUUGUUCACAUCCCUUGCCGCCUACGAGAGUCGAUCAUCAACUGCUCAGAUGCUUUCGCAAUGCUCCACAGUGGCUAUGCAUGUUGCAAAAGCAGUAAGAACUGCUAUUGUAGCAUCUGACUUCAACACAAAAUUAAGAAGAACGUUUCGAGCUAUGUUUGACUCUUCUAUGACUCUGGUGAGCGAGUCGAAUGUGGAAAACGCCAUUGGCAUUGGAAUAGCUCUGGGCACGCUGUCUGAUUUACCAUGGGGGAUGAUAAUAUCCGAAUACGAGUCAGCUUGGCUCUGCUACCGCCAUUGCUCGACACAAGCCAGCUCUUCGUUAACGCAUCCAGCACGAUGUUCCCCAGACAAACACAAGUCCCAAGCGCAGACGGGCUGCCAAGGUUCUACGAGAGAAUCUGUCUGGACGUGUGAGGGAUGGUCGCCUUUUUGCGGAAAAUGCUGCGAUAACGAGUCUGGCCUCAUCUACGAUCCUACUUGGAAAGACCUGGUCGCGCUAAACUAUGAAUUCCAUGUGCCAUGUACGUCGGCCAGGUUACGCAUCCUCAGCUCCUUCGUUGAUGGAACCGUUGGGCUAGAGGUUGCGACUAGUCAAUGGGCCUUGAUUCGGUCUAUGAAAGACAAGCCCAUAGCGACGGAAAUGAUCGAUCGGACCCACGGUAGGAUGGGUGGUAUUGGACCGCCUAGCCGGAGCGACAGUAACACACUAUAAUCUGCAUAAUGGAAGCCUUGUUCGAGCCUAGUCGUCUAGAAACCCUCAGAGAAGGUUGCCGAAGCGUCCUGGAUAGU